AAAUCCCAUACUCCAGAUACAGGGAGAGAGGGACAGGCUGAGAGAGGGAGCAAGAAGGCGAGCCAGCCACAGGACAGCGUGGUCAGCGGCUGGAUGGAGGGGCAUCCCACAGACAUGUAGUGGUCUGGGUCUGGCAGGGUGGGGUCACUGAGGCUGGGGGCAUGGGAGGGGCAGGCAUUCUGUUGUUGCUGUUGGCCGCCGGGACUGGGGCAGGAGUGGCCUGGAGUCCCCCCAAGGGAAAGUGUCCUCCACUCUGCUCCUGCUCCAAGGAAAGUACCCUGUGUGAGGGCUCCCCCGAGCUGCCCGAGAGCUUCUCCGCCACGCUUCUGUCACUCUCACUCGUCAGGAUUGGGGUCUCCCAGCUGAGGGCUGGCAGUUUCCUGAAGAUGCCAUCCUUACACCUACUCUUACUCACGUCCAAUACCUUCUCUGUGAUCGAGGAUGACGCCUUCAUGGGCCUGUCCUACCUGCAGUACCUAUUCAUCGAGGACAACAAGAUCAGCUCCAUCUCCAAGAAUGCCCUGAGAGGACUUCGCUCGCUCACACACCUAAGCCUGGCCAACAACCACCUGGAAGCUCUACCCAGAUUCCUGUUCCGAGGCCUGGAGACUCUGACUCAUGUGGAUCUCCGUGGGAACCCGUUCCAGUGUGACUGCCGAGUUCUUUGGCUGCUACAGUGGGUGCCUACGGUGAAUGCCAGUGUGGGUACGGGGGCCUGUGCGGGCCCCUCUGCCCUUGCCCAAAUGCAACUCAAUCACCUGGACCCUAAGAAGUUCAAGUGCAAAACCACAGAACUGUCCUGGCUCCAGACUGUUGGGGAGUCGGCACUGAGCGUGGAGUCCUUCUCCUACCAGGGGGAACCUCAUAUGGUCCUGGCACAGCCCUUCGCUGGCCGUUGCCUUAUCCUGGUCUGGGACUACAGCCUGCAGCGCUUCCGGCAGGAGGAAGAGCUGUCUGCGCCCUCUGUCGUGUCCUGCAAGCCUCUGGUGCUGGGACCACGCCUCUUCAUCUUGGCUGCCCGCCUGUGGGGAGGCUCACAGCUGUGGUCUCGGCCCAGCCCCGACCUGCGCCUGACUCCAAUGCAGGUCCUAGCCCCUCAGCGACUGCUGCGACCCAAUGAUGCUGAGCUCCUGUGGUUGGAUGGGCAGCCUUGCUUCGUGGUGGCCGACGCCUCCAAGGCUGGCAGCACCACCCUGCUGUGCCGCGACGGGCCCGGCUUCUACCCGCGCCAGAGCCUGCAUGCCUGGCACCGCGACACCGACGCGGAGCCCCUGGAGCUGGAUGGCCGACCACAUCUGCUACUUGCUUCGGCCUCCCAGAGGCCUGUGCUUUUUCAUUGGCAUGGUGGCCGUUUCGAGAGGCGCACGGACAUCCCAGAGGCAGAGGACGUCUAUGCCACGAAACACUUUCAGGCCGGUGGAGACGUGUUCCUGUGCCUGACAAGAUACAUUGGGGACUCCAUGGUGAUGCGCUGGGACGGCUCCAUGUUCCGUCUGCUGCAGCAACUUCCAUCUCGAGGCUCCCACGUCUUCCAGCCACUGCUGAUUGGCAGCGACCAGUUGGCCAUCCUGGGCAGCGACUUUGCCUUCAGCCAGGUCUUUCGCCUUGAGCCUGAUAAAGGAACCCUGGAGCCACUACAGGAGCUGGGGCCCCCGGCCUUGGUGGCACCCCGAGCCUUUGCCCAAGUCACCGUAGCGGGGAGACGCUUCGUAUUUGCAGCGUGCUUCAAGGGCCCCACACAGAUCUACCAGCACCACGUGUUGGACCUCAGUGCCUGAGGCUGGCAAGGACCCCGGAUGUGGUUGUGGGCACCCUGGGACAUCCGGGUACCCUCUCGGCUG